UUGUAUCUAUAAUCCUCAUUUCUCAUUCCCAAGUAAACACAACAUGUUUGUAGAUAAUAUUUUUCUAAUAUCUUUUUUUAGGAUAACAUCUCCAGAUACAAAACUCUGAAAAUUAACUUUAAAAACAGUUGUUUCAAAUACCUCAUUGGCCCAUUUUCUGAAAUGUUUAUAUUUUAUAAUAUUUUUAAACUGUAGAUACUAAGCAGUUUUUUAUUUUCAGAAUUUGAUUAAAUUGACCCAAAAAGAAUGGCCAUCAAAAGAAAGGAUAGUUGCAGUUAUUUUUUGGUGUGAAGAAGGGUUUUCCAAGAAAACUAAGACACUUGGACAAUAAGGGCAUAACUCAUACUGGACAUGAAUGAACUCAAGAUAGACAAUUAUAAUUAAGACGUUAUGCACACAAACUACAUAGACAUUUGUAUGUUGUAACCAAAAAUAUGUCAGUGAAAGAUGCCUACUGAAACUGUUGUGAUAGAUUAUUCUGAGCAGUGAGCCUCAGGAAGUUGUCAGAUGCUAACCACAUCUAAAUGAAUGGAUUUGUAAACUAGAAUGCCACGGGAGUGGUCUGUGUAUACACGUGUGUUUACAUAAAUGUUUGCAUGUACAUACACACAGACUCUGGAUAAUUUCUGACAGGGCAUUUGCUACUGAACAUUAAGUUCACUCAGGCUCAGAGGGCCAGAAUAGGACAGAAAAUUUACCUAUUGGGUGUAUGACUAUUACAAAGGGUGGUCUUAAAGGAUAGUUCCAUAAACUUUGUAUAAUUGGGUGCACUAAAUGUGGGUACUUCUUGAUAUUGCAUCUGUAAUUAGAAACGAUGCAGACAAUUCUGAUUUGUUGAGUUUUUUUCCUUUUCAGCCUUUAUGCAGUAUACGCCCAGAGUACAAUGCAAUUGGAUAAGUCAUAGCUUCCUUUUAUAUUAGUUACAUUCCAGUCCUGUUUUUGACCAGUAGUCUUCGUCAGUGGAUUCAAGAAAUACUUUGACCUGAGUAGCCCUUCCUGUUUUUUUAGGAACCUAAAAAAAAGAGGUUUUUGUUAGUAAACAUAUUUUUGGGCCUGCCAAAAGGCAUAUGUACUUAAUAAAUUUUUUUCAAUGUGUAACUAAUACAUAUGGUAUUGAGUAAGAUGGAAUAUUGGCUAAACAGGGGAAAACUCUUUGUAAAUUAAUGAGACUAAGUCUUAAAUGUACUUCUUGGGUAAAGGAGUAUCAUUAUGAUCCCACGGCCUUCUUAUAAAGCAAAUUCUAGUGAAAAAAAUGGCUAGAGGUAGACCCCUGCUAGGAAACAGUCGCUAUAUAUUCAUCAGAAUUUAUCUUUAUUGACAUCUCUAUGUAAACAAAUGUAUAUGGAGAAUUGACAACAAAAGUAAACAAUGGAUAAUGAGUCUAUGUGUGUUCCUUAUACCAGACUCAGAUUUGGUUGUAACCAAAUCUGUAAUUCUACCUUCCCAGGAUAUUUACAUUUGUCUUAUCUCCUUCAGGUGUGCUCAUCUUUUGCUACAGGCCCCAGACAAUACGAUGGAACGUUCUAUGAAUUUCGUACUUAUUACCUUAAACCUUCAAAAAUGAAUGCGUUCAUGGAAAAUCUUAAGAAAACCAUUCAUCUUCGGACAGCUCACUCUGAAUUGGUUGGAUUCUGGAGCAUAGAAUUUGGGGGCAGAAUGAAUAAAGUGUUUCAUAUUUGGAAGUAUGUUCAUGUUCUUUGGUGGAACGAGAGUGCAGAUAGUCGUGCAGCUGGGAGACAUAAGUCCCAUGAGGAUCCCAGAGUUGUGGCAGCUGAGAAAAUAACAAUCAGAACAGUCUUCCUAAGUAAGUUCCCACCCCGACCUCUGCCCGAUUUCUGCAGCCAACUCCGCAUGCCCUGCCUUCUCUCCUCUCACUGUGGAUGAAUGACCCGUGCGCCAAGCAAACACAAACCCUCCACUUGAACACUCACUUGCUGAAGGAUGUGGCUCAGGCAGUUUUCCUCUCUUGUCGCCUGAAGCCACAGUAUUCCCCUUCAACUGGAUUCUUCUCCUCAUCAUACGAAUAUACUAUUAUUAUUCCUAUAUUAAAAAAAAAAGAAUAAAAUCACCCCAUUUUUUUUACUUUACAAUGACUCAAAAAAGUAGUUCAUACUUCCUGCCUCCAUUUUCUUCCCUCACAUUAUCUCUUAAACAUUCUCUGAUCACGCCAGCCAAAUUGCGCUUGUCAACUCAUUUCCCAGUUCUCAUUUUACUUGACCUGUUAGCAGUUGACCUCUCCUUUCUUCUGGAAAACAGUUUCUUCAUUUCUCCGAAACACUGACUGCACAGGCCUUCAUAUCUCCUAGUCUCCACCUUGUCUCUUUGACCUCCAAUGUAAGGACUGAGUCCUUGGACCAGUUUUCUUUUCUUUUUAUACUUACUCCCUAUGUCAUCACCCCCAGUCUUGUGACUUCAAAUGCUAUCUGUGCGUGGAUGGCUCCAGUCCACACCUCUUUUCUUUUUUCAAAUUCACACAUGUGAAUUUGAAUUCCAGGCUCAUCACAUCCAGGUGUGUUCCCCACACCUCCACCUGAAGGUCUAUUAGAAAUCUCACACCCCUCUUGUCCACAACUGAGCUCUUGAUCUUUACCCAGAAACUUUUAUCUCAGCUAAUGGCAACUUCAGCUUUCUGUUUUGCUCAGGCCACAGACCUCAGAGUCAUUCUCACACUGCCUUUUCUCUCUCACACUAUUGUGUACCUGUCAGCAGAUCCCAGAUAGCUAUAAUUUGAUUGCUUCACAUCCCUAUACCAACUGUCCUGGUUCAAGCCAAUCGUCAUCUGGAUUUUUGGGAAGUGCUCUUAACUGGUGUCCUGCCCUUCCCCUCUGCUCUCAACCCUACUUUCAACAUAGCAGUCAGAAUAAUCUAAAAUAUAAACCAGAUCAUAUCACUCCUCUGCUCAACAGCCCCUCCCAAUACUUCAUCUCUUCCUCAGAGUAAUUGUCCAAGCCUCUAACUGUGGCCUACAAAUCUUUACAUGAUCUGUCCUGUUACCUUUUCCAUCCUCACUCCAGACCUGGCCUAAGAGGCUUUUCUUUGAACCUGCUAAACAUGCUCUUACCUGAGGGUCCAUUCCCACUGCUUCUGCCUGGAAUGCUCUUCCCUAGACAAGCAUCUGCAUGGAUCAUUUCCAUGCCUCCUCGGGCCUUUGCCCCCAUGAAGCCUUCCCUGACAACCCUAUUUAAGAUUGUAAUCUCCUCCCACGGUGGCCCCUAUCUGCUCGAGACCGAAUGUUUUUGGCCCCCAAAAAUUCAUAUGUUGAAGCCUUAAUCUCCACAUAGGAGGUUGGGCCUUUGGGAGUUAGUUUUAGAUGAGGUCAUGUGGGUAAGAGAAUCGGUGCAUUUAUAAGGGCAUAAAGAGUCCUCACUGUGAGGAAACCAGAAUGUAAGCCUUCACCAGAACUUAAUAAUGCUGGCACCCCGGUCUUAGAUUUCCCAGCCACUAGAUCUGUGAGAAAAAAAAAGUUUGUUGUUUAAGCCACCCAAUCUAUGGUACUGUUGUUACAGCAACCUGAACUAAGACACUGUCCCUCUCCCCUGCUUUAUUUUUCUGUUAUCACCAUAAUUAAUGUUUUACUUAUAUAUGAUUUGUUAAUGUAUGUAUCUUCCCACUAGAAACCAAAUUCUGUGAUAGCAAGGGUUUUUGUUUUCAUUAUUGUCAUAUUACCCUUGCCUGGCAUGUGAUAAGCCCUAAGUACUUGUUGACUGAAUUUACAUAUGAGAUGUGUGAGUUUGGAAAAAGAAGUACAUCAUUCCUCCGCUCUCAUUUUGUGUCACCGUUAACAGUAGAUUACGUAAUUGUUAUUGGAGGUGCCUCACUACUACAUUUGGAAAGUAUUCCUGGAAGACACGGCGAAUGACUCAGUAGAAGUUCUGGCUAUGGGGGGGGGGGCGGGGGGGGGGCGGCCACCAAUAAAAAUAAUACCAUUGCCUGUUGGUUAUAAGUUGCUGUCACAGACCAUGAAGGUAUUUAAAUUGUAUCUCCAGGAAGAGAAACAGAUAUGCAACCAAUCUGAUUCGGUUCUACCUGCUGCCACAGAACUCCCAAAGGAUAAGCAAAUGCCACUUGUAGACUCAAACUCUGAACUUCAUUCUCAGCACCAGCUUUUAACUUACUGAGUAAAUCCUAUGAACCUGACUAGUGUUGCUACUUAAGUUGUAGUACUUUCUGUCAUCAAAGGAGUGUGAGCCUGAAGUAUGUUGGAAGAAGAGUUAGGUUCAUUAGGGAGACCUCUUUCAUAACUGCUGUCACCUAGAAUGUCUGUUCUCUUAAGCAUCUUCUUGAAAGAAGCACAUUCCCCCAGGAGAAGGAAAUGGUUUGUUUUCUUUAGUGACAGACAGUUGGCCCAGGACCCUGAGGUAAAGGAGUAUGGGCAUUCAACAAAAUGAGUUUUAUAAUAGUUGAUUGGAAGAAAUGGAAGUUUUUGAAUCAUAGGCUUCUGCCUUGAAAGGGCAAGUCCGUAGUGGUUGUGAACCAGCCAGAUUGUGUACAAGCCUCCUGCCAGAAGAAAUGCCUGUAGGAUUAAAAGCAAAACAGCAAAAUCAAAAAGGAAGGGCAAGAUGAUGCCCAAGUGCAGCCUAUAUUAUUAACAGACAAGGAAAUGAUCCAAAUAAAAGUUCUGUAAACCA